CUCAAGUUGUUGUUUCACUUAUUUAUUAAUUAUAAAUAAAUGAACAUAAAUAUACUGUGUUUAUAAUGUUGUCGUUGAAACGGAUGGAUAUUUUCUCAAUCAUUUUUUCUAUUAUUAUUGGAUUAUAUUUGUUCAAUGUUGUUGAAGCUGGCGAUGAAUGUUGUAAAACUGGACAGAUAUUCAGUGGCCGUGAUGAAUGUCAUAUGAUACCGAAUAUCAACAAUGUCGGCAUCGAUCGUAUACAUUGUCUAUUACAGACCACAUAUUGUUGUCUAGAAUCAACAGAUCAAGAUUUUUGUCGACAAAUUGGUUUGAAUUUUAUCAGAAAACGUUUUGUACAAGAUUAUUUAAAAAAUAUUGUCGAUCAACAAAUUGAUGGCCAAACAAUUAGAAUUAAUACUAAUGAAUUUUGGCCAUUAUUACGAUCACUUUAUCAAUGUCAUAUGAUCGAUAAGAAUAAAUCAGAUCAAGCAUUCUGUUGUGUUGGCUGUAUGAUUGGUUUUGCAUCAGCCAUACAACGCAUUUCUGAAUGGAAUCCAAAAGAUGUUGUCAAUAAAAUGAUUCAUUUAAAUAUUGAAGAAUGGUGUUCCGAUAUGAAUAUUGAUGAUGAUGAUAUUAAUAUUAUUAGUAAUAACAACAACAACAACAACAAUUCAACAGCAAUAAAAAUUGCCAUUCAAACAUAUAGACAACGAAAAACAUAUAAUAAUGCAGCAUCCGAAAUAUGUUGUCAAGAAACAAUAAAAGCAAUCAAUUCAAGUAUUGAUUGGUGUAAUCUUCGUCCAGCACCAUGUGCUCAUCGUUGUCAUGAUGCUAAUAAUAAUAAUAAUAAUAAUACUAUAAAAUGUUCAUGUUGGGAAGGAUAUCAUCUUGCUGAUGAUCAAAAAAACUGUAUCGAUAAUGAUGAAUGUCAAGAAUCAACACAUGGUUGUAAUAUAGCAUAUGAAAUGUGUUCAAAUACUGAUGGUGGUUAUCAAUGUUUACCAAAAAUGACUGAUGGUCUUGUACAGCCAGAUAUUAUUGGCAAUCGUGAUGAAUGUUCUUUUGGUUUCUAUUUCAACUAUACUUAUAAUCAAUGUAAAGAUAUCGAUGAAUGUGCACAAGGAACACAUAAUUGUAAUCAUCGUUUUCAGGUUUGUAUGAAUAUACCUGGAUCAUGGAAAUGUAUCCAAGUUGGAUCGGAAUGUCCAAAAGGAUUUCGACGUUUAGGUCCAAGUACCAUUUUUGAUACCGGUUGUCGUGAUAUUGAUGAAUGUAUUGAAGGAUUGAAUAAUUGUGAUUAUUUACAUGAAAAUUGUGAAAAUCAUAUCGGUACAUUUAGUUGUGAAGAGAAACCAAAUAUAACUUUACUUACAUUAUCUACACGUAAUACAUCAUCAUUAUUUUUGGCACCUAUUUCCGGAUUAUUAUUAUCAACAAAUAAAAGUGGCGACAAAUACCCGAUGAAAGAGGCGCCAAUAUCACUUUGUCCAAAAGGUUAUCAUUUUGUACGAUUCAGUGGCAUGUGUGAAGAUAUUGAUGAAUGUCGUAUUGGACAACAUAAUUGUGAUCUUUCUCGAAAUAUAUGUGUAAAUUUUCCUGGAUCAUAUAAAUGUCGACCUAAUAAUAAACAGAUGACAAACAUUAUUGCCGAAUUCAAUGAUGAUGAUAUUAAUAAUGGAACUGAUUCUGAUAUUAAUUUCUAUGAAUGGAAUCCAUACAACAAUGAUACAAACCUAAUGAAACAAAAUGAACGAAAAAAACAUGAUAAUCAUUCAAUGGCUAAUAUACCGGUUGUUUGUCAGGAAGGAUUUUCAAGGAAUCCAUUUUUCAAUAUUUGUGAAGAUAUUGAUGAAUGUCGACGAACACUUAGUCCAUGUCCAAGUAAUUCAUUCUGUCAUAAUAAAUUUGGUAGUUUUAAUUGUCUUUGUAAGACUGGAUUUAUUAAGAAUCGACAAACAAAUGAAUGUGAUGAUAUUGAUGAAUGUGAACAGAAAUUAAGUCAUUGUCCAUCGACAAUGCGUUGUGUGAAUACUAUUGGUUCAUUUGAAUGUAUUCAUCAUCAUCAUUAUCAACAACAACAACAACAACAACGAACAUUAACACGACAACGGCAACGACAACAUCGAAAAAAUUUCCAAAAACAUUAUCAUCAAUGUUCUGAAAAGAAAAUACAUGAUCCAAUUGUAAAUAAAUGUGUCAUGAAAGAAAAAGACUUAACAGAUUCUACUAGACAAGAUUCACGAUUGUUAACUAAAUUCGUAAAACCAAUUAUUGCCGAUGAUAUACCGACCAACAAUGUAGCCGUUAAUCGAAAUGGAAUAUUAAAUAAUAAUGACGUCAUAACUAUGAGAAAUUCUUUCAUCGAUCAACAUACUGGUACAAUGAAACCAAAUAAACAACAAUUGAAUAAAUGCAAAUUUGGUGAACGUAUGAUUGAAGGUGAAUGUAAAGCUGUUGAUUGUGGCCAAGGAUUUUUCUAUAAUGAAACCGAAAAACGUUGUCAAGAUAUGAAUGAAUGUCUGGAAUAUUCUCCAUGUAAAAUUGAUGAAAAAUGUACAAAUACAAUCGGUAGUUAUCGUUGUAGCCGUAAAUGUAAUUCAGGCUAUCGUAUGAACAUAAAUGGCCAUUCAUGUGAAGAUAUUGAUGAAUGUAUAGAAAGAUCAUAUUCAUGUCCAGCGAAUAAAAUUUGUAAAAAUCGUCUUGGUAGCUAUUCUUGUGAAUGUCGUGUUGGUUUUAUUGCAACACGUGAUGGUAUCUGCGAAGAUAUUGAUGAAUGUGAACAAGGUGAUGAAUUAUUGUGUGAAUAUCCUGAAACACAAAAAUGUGUUAAUACGAUUGGAUCAUAUCGUUGUGAAUGUCGUCAAGGAUAUCGUCAAAUUAUCAAUGAUGAAAAGAUUUUCGAAUCAUCAUCAUCAUCGAUAUUCAUCGACAUUAAUGAUGAUAAUGAUAAAAAUAUCAACUAUAUUAACAUGAAAUGUAUCGAUAUAGAUGAAUGCCAGAAUCGAACAUUAAAUAAAUGUCAUCAUCAUUGCCAGAAUUAUAUUGGAUCAUAUAAAUGUUCAUGUUAUUCUGGAUAUAAACUAGAUAAUGAUGGCCAUAGCUGUAUUGAUGAAAAUGAAUGUGAAAUGUUUAAUACAUCAUCAAAUCUAAUUCAUAAUAAUGAUGAAUAUAUGAAUGAUGGUCGUAUUUCAGAGAUUGAUGAUCAACAAAGACAUCAGCAGCAGCAGCAGCAACUACAACAACAAUCAUCCUUAUGUUAUUAUAAAUGUAUUAACGUACCUGGUUCAUUUCGUUGUAUAUGUCCACCUGGAUAUGAAUCAUUAAAAGAAGGUAGUAUUUGUCGUGAUAUUGAUGAAUGUGAACAACAAGAUGAUGUUUGUCAGGACAAUGAAUUCUGUUUGAAUAUUCGUGGCAGUUAUCGUUGUAUUACAAUUGAUUGUCCGGAGGGAUAUUUUUUCGAAAUGAAAACUAAAAAAUGUCUACGUCAUCAAGAUGGUGUUAUGGGAUUUCGUGAUCUAUCCAAACCAAUUUCUUAUUCAUACAAUUAUCUAUCAAUUGUUUCGAAUCUACGAAUACCAAAAUCAUUGGAAUAUUUUGAUCUAGUUUCAUUGGGUGGUAAAGUAUUCGCUAUACCUGGUGUUAAAUAUAGUUUAACAUUGAAUUCGGCACGGCCAACACGUAAUGAUGUGCGGCCAGCUAAACGUGAAGAUUUCAUAUUAAGACGGCCACGUUCUGAUCAGAUUAUUGUUGCAUUGAUUGAACCGCUGCAAGGACCACAAGAUGUUGAUCUUGAAUUGACAAUAAGCCUAUAUCCUGAUGAUAAAUUUAGUGGUAUGAGUAAAGCACUCAUUUAUAUUAUCGUAUCUGAAUAUGUAUUUUAAUCAUAUGAUGAUUCAUUUCAAAUUAUCAAGUACAUCAUCAAUCAUGAUUCAUGAAUGAAUUGAUAAAU